AUGUAUUUAAACAUCAAACACGUGGCUAUAUUAAGGUGUGUACAUAUUUGUUACCGUACCCUCGCUGUGUUGCUGUUGCCCAACGUGUAAGAAAUAAUACGGCAAGAGACGUUGGACGGUGUUCCGUUAGUAUGUAUGAUUAUGUGAUUUCGUUGCUUGAUUUGGCUGUCCCCAUGAAUAUCAGGAAAAUGGCCAAUUCUAAAAGAAAGCGAGUUUGAAUAAAAUAAAUUAAACUCAUUAAACGAGUUUUCACGUUUCCGUGUACUUAAGAUGAAGAGUCAUCUGUAACAAAUUAGAAAUUCAAGUCCUUACAGCGAAUCCAAUAUUACCACUAAAUACGUGUGCAACAGUAACAAAUGUGUACGCACCCUUAUGGAUCGUGACGAUGCAUCAGCUAUAUUAAAUAUUAUGUUACAACACGUGUACGAUCAUUGAGUAGCACGAUUUUGUUUUCUUGCGUUUUAUUGGUAUAGUACAGCGCUUGAUAUAUACUUUAAAAAAGUGAUAUUUUUCAUUUUUAUAAUUUUAUCGUAAUUCAUUAAGAAAUGAGCUUGAGUUAAUGAACAAUUAUACAAAUAAAUACGUCAUAUAGAGAUCCGAAUAAAUACGUUAUAUUUGUAUUAUCAAAUGUAUUAUCAAAUUUAUCUUCUUAUUUGUUUUUGAAACGAUAUUUUUUUAUACAUUUUGAAAUUUUUUAUUCCCAAUCACAUUGGUAUCAAAAACUUUUAAAUUUGACUGAUUGUUCGAGUAAAAAUCAGAAAAUUAAAAUAUUUAUUUUUUAUGUAUUAUAAUGUAUGUAUGUAAUCUUGUUUGUUUGUAGGUUUAAUAAGAUAAUUUUUGUUGAAAAUUGCGGCUCAUUCUACAUAGGACGCUGAUAGAAGCAGUUCUUAUAUCUUGAUUGACAGUUUUCUAAACAAUAAUUCAUCAAGUAUUAAAUAUUAAUACAUAUAAUUACAUCAUUUAGAUAUACAUCAUUUUAUUAUAUAACGAGAGGUAUAGGAAAUUAACAUAUUAGUUACUAACAUUCUGUAGUCUUAAUUAAAUGCUAUUUAACGAUAAUAUAUAUUUUCAAAAAAGUUUAUUACAUAGAUUUUUAUUUUUUUAAAAUAUUUAUAUAGUUUAGAAAAAGAAAUAAUGGAUGAAAAAGAUGAAAUAAAUUUAAUAUGGAUACACAAUAGUCCUAUUAAUAUGUCAAAGAAAUAUGAAAAUCAAGAGCAUGUGGAUAAUAGUUUUAUUGAUAUUAAAUCAUCUGAAAAUAUAUUUCCAUGGAUCAAUAAAUUUAAUAAAAUAAUGUCUUCAUCUGUGGGACAUAGAAGUUACCAAUUGUUAAAACAUUUACUUUCCCUUUAUACACAACAUGUUUUAACCAGUAUAAAUACAUAUUGCGAAAAGACACUGGAUAUGAUAAAAUUGAAAAAUCAUUUGAGUAGUACAUUGAUAUUUUUUCAUCUUUAUUGGAAUGAUAUAAAAGAGCAUGUUAAUGAUUGCAACUUAUAUUUAAACAAGAUGUCAGUAUUGUUGGGGAUAUAUAUAGACAUAGAACUUAAAACUUUCAAAUGCACUAUGGAUUCUUCUAAAGUUGCUUCAAAACUCCUUUCAGCAUUAUGGAUAUAUUUAAGAAAAGUUUUACUAGUUUCAAAAAAGGUGUAGAAUCUUUGACAGACAUUGAUUAUGUCAGGUAUUUGCUUGUUUUAAAAAUGUGGAAAAAAACAAAGGAAACCGUUGAAGAGAAAAAGCAAAUGAAUAAGAUGGCUCUAACAAUAUUGGGUCCAUGUAUUCCAAAAAUGCAUGAUGAAUUAUUAAAUAUAAUACCUAAAGUUCCCAAGGGACUUGAAAAUGAAACUAUUUGGCUAUUACAACCAAAUGUAUUUGACUUAAAAACUGCAUGUAAAAAUUUUUUAAUAUUUGAAGAAACAAUGUCUGUUGAAUUUAAAGAUAACCACUUAAGAACUUCAAAAUUAAAUUUUCAAUUAUCACAGAAUUUAUCAUAUGGUCAAAAAUGUUUCACAAACUGUGAAUUGAAAAAAGGUAAUUCAGAAAAUAAUCAUACUUUUGAGGAAGAAAUAAAAAGUAACACAAUUAGCAAUCAACAACUUUUUCCAUUAAGAAACAAGAACAAAUAUAAAAAAGUGUCAAAUUCUGAAGCAGUAAUUUUAAUUGAUUUAACUGAAGAUGAGUUAAAAACGAAUACAAAGAAAAAGAAGAAAAGGUGUCAAAGAAAUUUAGAAUGGCUAAAAAUGGUGAAGAAGAAAUAUAAAAUGCAAAAACAAAUUGAUGGAAUAAAAUAUAGAAAUCAGUUAAAAAUUGCAGAUGCUCAUAAUGCAGAUAACUUUGAAAAUUGUUUUCAAUUACCUGUUUCGAACAAUAAAGUUAAUGAAAGUACAGAAAAUUGUACUUUAAUAGAAGAAAAAUCAGUUCAAAAUAAUACUGAUAAAUUGGAAAAAAAUAUACUUGAUCUCAAUAAGAGAAAUAAUGAAUUAAAAUCUAUGUUCCAACAUAAACAAUGUGACACAUGUACUUCAUUAAUAAAACAAACUGACGUGCAAUGCAAAAUUUUAUAUUUACUGAAGCUUUUAAGCAUUGUGGGACAAAAUAUUAAAGAACCAAAAAGUGUAUUAAAUCUAUUGAGAGAAAGUAGGAAUGAAAAUAUGUCUUCUGAACAUAAUGUUUCUUUUAGAAAUACAAUCAACGAGUCUAAUAAAAUAGAUACUCAGGAUAAAGAAUUGUUUUCUCAGUCAAAAAGUUCCAUAAAGACAAUAUUUUUGUCAAAGGAGUGCCAAAAUAAUAUUACAGAUAUACAAUCUAUAAAACAAGAGUUACCAACAAAUAAAGAUUCUAAUACGAUAGAAGAAAAUACUUAUUGCCAAACUGAAUCUAUUUAUGUACAAAAUGAUUAUUUACAUGAUUUACAAUUUAUAAAUAGUCAUAAUUCGCAAGCGAUGAAACAAAACAUUGUUCAGAAAGUUCGUGAAUGUAUAGACUGUUGCAAGAAGAAUGAAAGCGAAGAUGUAACACAAAAUACAACAGAUAGCAAUACUAUUGAUAAGACAACAAUUUGCGACAAAAAUAUAAUGUGUAUAUUAAAUGAUCUUGACAAAUGUAUGGAUGUUUUAAAUCGUAUUAGCGAACAUAUUAUAACUAUUCAUGCAGAAGAACAACGAUCAGAAUGUUUAGAUAAGAUGAACGUAUGUACUGUUUUUACUACAGUUUUAGGACAUCAAUAUGCAGAAUCAUUGUUAUCAGAUUGGAUACAAAAUAUUAAUUCAUUAACAGAUACAGAAAUAUUUAGUAGAAUUUUAGAACUAUAUGAAAGAAAAGACUUAUUAAAAGGCGACAUAGGAAAGUCACGUUCCAUAAACGAAUUCGAAAAGACUAAUAUUUCUGACAGUGUUCUAAACGGCGACGCAGAAGAAACUAUUGAAGAUGAACAAAAAAUUUGGAGAGAUUUAAAAUCUCCGUUGAUGUCGCCGUUUCAUUAUGAUAAUUCAGAUAGUAUAUUAAACUGCAUUACAGAUUUUUUUUCACAAUCUGAAGAUAUGUACACCAAUAAAACAGAAGAAAUGUACACUUUGUUAGAUACAGAAAAUUGUCAGGCAUCAUUAUCUAAAGAUAGCUUUGGAAGAGUUGGAAUAUUAAAUUCUUCGUUUGAUUUCGAUUCGAAUAUGGGUUUGCCUUCGAGUGACUGUUUGUACUCAAAUGUACAAACACUUAACCCGCGAUUAAUUGAACAAAAUUUUGAGGACGAAAUUCCUCUAAUAACAAAUUUUAAUACAUCUGAAUUCAAUUUUGAAGAAAAGAUAACUGAAAAUAAUGAUUUGGAAAAUACACUUUCAGAAAAUGAUAAGGAAUUGUACAGUAAUCAAAAUCAUUUUGUUAAUAGCAACAUAGAUAUGAUUGGAUUUGAAUUAAACACAAACAGAGAAGCAGCACUUGAAUUUCCUUCACCAAUUAAAAGUAUACCUUCAUUCUCUAGUCAAUCAACGAAUUUAGUCAAUCCAGAUAACAUAUUUUCUGAAGAGAAAGAAUCGUUUCCUAAAUGCAGUCUUUCUAGUUCUAUUGAUAAGUUUAAUACUGAGAAAAAUACUGCUAAUCAAACCCAAUUAUUGAAUAAUGUAAAAAAUCAAGAUUUACCUGAAAUUUGUACUUCCAAUAACAUUCCAUCAAAUGAAUCAAUGAAUUCUGUAUUAAAUCAACAGGAUGAUCAAUUAUCACAGAAAUAUACAUCUGUAGAACCUGUAACUAGUCCUUUGACAAAAGAAUCCUUGAAUUCUUGUGAUUUAUUGUCUUCCACAGAUUUAUCAUGUAAUAUUGACAUAACAUCGCAGUGCAUUGAGCAACAAGAUGAAAGUUCUUUAGGACACAGAAACACUCAAAAAAAUAUGCAGGAUAAUUGUGAAAAGAAACAAAAACAUAUUACAAAACAUAAAAUAGAAAUUAGUGCACAAUCUAGAUCAUCCAAACGAACAUUAAGGUGUAAAAAGAAAACUAAGACGAAGAAAGAAGAAAAUGAAUUACUUUCACCUACGGUUCAAUCUAAUCAGAAUGAAUUGAGUUUAAGAUGUUCACAGAUUACUAUUAUUAAUUCUCUCAAUCAUCAAGAUACGCAAAAGACAUGUGAAUCACCACAGUCAACAUUUCACAUGUCACAUUGUCAAACUUCACCUAAAAAUGUAAAUAAUCAAUUAACAUGUGAAAGUGUUCAACAGUUAAAUGUGUCUCAACAACAACAAACUUUAUUAAAAUUUCAUGAAGAUUCUAUGGUGGAUACAACCUACAGGGAAGAGUCUACAUUACAGAAUCAGUGCAUCAUGGAAGAUAACUUCUUAGAAGAUUCAAGAAUAUCAAAUGUCUUGGAGAAGUCACAUAUACCUGAAGAUAAAUCUUGUUUCAAAAUAUCGGAAAGAAAUAUGAACAUUGAUACAGAUAUUACAAAAGCAAAUCUUACAACAGAUAAAGAUAUAACUGAAGUUUCAAGUAUUAUAAAAUGUACUAAGUCACAGAAUAUAAAUGUACAGUUACAGAAUUCUACUAAAAAGCAAGCAACUUCGGAUGAAGAUAUACCAUUGAAGAAAAGAAAGUUAAAUUCAAAAUAUUCAUCAAAUUUGAAAGCAAAUACAAUGGUUAGUCCUAUCAAUCAACAGAACGUGCAAAAAAACAUGUUUUUAGAAAGAAAGGUAACGAUACUUCUGAUGUUUCCGAUAAUUUAUUUUUUUUUUUCUUGAAAUAUAAUUUUAAAAUAUUAUUAAAUAUAUAAAAGAUUUUGAAUAAAUAAAAAGUUUUAUAACGUUAAAUAUUUUUAUAAAGUAAAAUUUAUAUGUAGCAUUGUCUGGUAGCAACAUUAAAAACAUAAUAUAAUAGUUACAUAAAAUAAAAAUCUUGAUAACAUUUAAUUUUAACUUCGAUAUUAAAUUUUAAAACGAUAAUUGAAAUUAAUUAUUCUCGACGUGGAAGAUCAACAUUGGAAGAUAUUUUAAUAUUUCAAAUAUCUUACAAAAUUAGAUUUUUUUAUAGAAGCAAAAGUGCACAAAACAAUUCAAGACUGAUAUUUAUGGUUGUGAAUCUUUUAGUAUCUGUGAUAUUUGUAUAAGUGAUAAAAGUGAUAAUGUAAUAUAUAUACAAGGUAGUGUAUCUAAUGUGAUAAUUUUAAUUUACUAGUAAAUUAUUGGUUGUACAAAAAAAUAUUUUAAACAAAAUUUAUACGGUAUCAAGGUCACAUCCUAUGUAACUGAAACAAGUGUCUUUCAAACAAUUAGAGAUAGACAAAACAUGUAAUAAAUCAAAAUGAAAUCAAUGUAGCUUUUUAAUAUCUAAAAAAGAUAUAUUAAUACACUUUUAUAUUAAAUCUGUUAGUUCGGAAAUUAUGACAGUUAAAAGUUUCUUAAAUUAUAUGAUUGUAUCCGCAGGUGUAAUGAAAUAUAUACAUUGUGUAAAUGUUCAAACAAGAAUAUUAUAGUAUUAAUAGUAGUAAAAUAGUAGUAAAAUAUUAUAGUAUUAAAAUAGUAGUAAAAUUUAAACUAACGACUUCUAAAAUAAUUGGUUUAAGAUGAAAAUAUGUUAAUAUUUCUUUGUAAAGAUUAAAAAACUGCAUCAAUUGCCCCAAAACUAUUAA